AUGGAUCGAACGCCGUCGCUCCCUCCGACGCUUCAAAACGUCUUGGAUCAAACGUCACUCAAGUGGAUAUUCUGCGGUACGCCUAUCUUUUCAACGCCCUUGGAUCUCCAGCUCAUCCACGUACGUGUUCUCUCGUUUGCAGGUGGCAAGGGUGGUGUCGGCAAGACGACGACAUCGUGUUCACUCGCCAUUCAACUCGCCUCGGUCCGCGAGUCUGUUCUGCUCAUCUCUACGGAUCCAGCUCACAACUUGUCCGACGCGUUUGGCCAAAAGUUUGGCAAGGAUGCGACAAAAGUAAACGGGUUCGACAACCUUUACGCUAUGGAAAUCGAUCCUACGGGCUCUCUACAGGAAAUGGCUGAACAAUCACAGGAUGCGAUGGGCGGCAUGGUCCAGGACUUGGCGUUUUCGAUACCUGGUGUCGAUGAAGCGAUGGGAUUCGCAGAGAUUAUGAAACACGUUAAAUCGAUGAAAUACUCUGUCAUCGUCUUUGAUACAGCACCUACAGGGCAUACACUACGAUUCCUAUCCUUCCCUGCCGUGCUGGAAAAGGCCUUGGGUAAACUGAGCUCGUUGGGUGGACGAAUCGGCCCUAUGCUCUCGCAAAUCUCGAGCAUGAUGGGAGGUCAGCCCGGUAUGCAGGAAGACUUGUUCAGCAAGCUCGAGGGUAUGCGGGAAGUCAUCAACGAAGUCAACAAUCAAUUCAAGGAUCCGGAGAAGACGACGUUUAUCUGUGUCUGCAUCUCAGAGUUCCUCUCUCUCUAUGAGACGGAACGAUUAAUUCAAGAAUUGACCACCUACGAGAUUGACACGCAUAAUAUAGUGAUCAACCAGCUUUUACAUCCCAACAAAGACUCCAAUUGUGAACACUGUCGCGUACGGACGGCGAUGCAGCAGAAAUAUCUCAACGAGGCUUAUGAACUCUAUGACGACUUUUUCCACCUUGUAAAGCUCCCACUACUCACUGAAGAAGUGCGAGGCCCGGAGAAGCUCAAGGCGUUUAGCAAGAUGUUGGUCGAGCCAUGGAUCCCACCACCGUCAUGUUAG